AUGUACUGGUCCUCGCUCACGCUCACGCUCACCUCUUUGUUCCACAAUGUCGCAGCAUCGCCGACUCACGACCUCAAGGCCCGACAGUUUGCAACAGCGGCGAUGCUACGUUUCCAGUGCUCUCAACUAGUCUACGACCGUAUCGACCCACUUGUCCAACCCGGCAUUGCACCUUCAGCACACAUGCACCAGAUCGUCGGCGGAAACGCCUUCAAUGUCUCCAUGCCACCGCUCGACCUCGACCCCAGCACGGAAGCCACUUGCACAACCUGCGAUUUUGCCGAAGACCUCUCAAACUACUGGACCGCGAAUCUCUACUUCAAAGCGCGUAACGGCACCUUCCAACGCGUCCCACAGAUGGUCAACUUGGGUCUACAAGGCAGAGAAGGCGUUACGGUGUACUACAUCCCGCCAUACGACGGGAAGAGUACGGUGACCGCGUUUCCCAAGGGUUUCAGGAUGCUGGUUGGUGAUCCAGGCUUGAGAGCUAAGGAAGGUCAGCAGAAACAGCUCUGCCAUCGCUGUUUCACGAACAAACAGCAAGAUCCUUUUGGUGGGGCCCCAUGUAUAGGAGAAUUUGACACAGCGAGCUUGCCACCGGGCAUGUGUGGAGGUGGAAUCCGGACGACUAUUACAUUCCCAACAUGCUGGGAUGGCAAGAACGUCGAUUCUCCGAACCACAAAGACCAUGUCGCGUACCCUACAACUGGAUCCUUCGAAUCUGGCGGUCCCUGCCCAUCGACUCAUCCAGUGAAGAUGCCUCAGCUCAUGUACGAGGUCAUGUGGGAUACUACGCCUUUCAAUGACGCGGCUCUCUGGCCUGAAGACGGGUCGCAGCCGUUUGUUUACAGCAUGGGCGAUGUGACUGGCUAUGGUCAACACGGCGAUUAUGUCUUUGGCUGGAAAGAGGGUGCGCUGCAGAAAGCGAUGGACCAACGCUGCUUCGGGAACACAUGCACGGGGUUGACGACACAGGCUGCCGAUGUGUCGACCAAGUGUGGGGUACCACAGGCUGUGAAGGAGCCGGUUGAAGGAUGGCUCGAUGAGUUGCCUGGUGGUCCAGUCAUGACCUAUGAGUGA